AUGUUUACAAAAUUCAUAAUUGCUAAUAUUGUUCAGUUGGUCGUACUGUCAAUCUUGAUUUUGAGCUGCAUUACUGAAGCAAGAGAAAUGCAAAGAGAAGUUGAUACAUGGGAAGACAUCUUAGCCAGGAACCUUGAGAUCUAUAUUCCUCCUCCAGACCAAGAAUGAUCAUCUCACAAAACUUGUAACUUAUGUUAUGAAGACAGUUCCUGCACAUACAUUGCUGGUGCGUGAAGUUCAGAUCUUAUGAAUGAGCUUUGGGAUGAAGACUAUGACCAAGAAGUAGCAGCUGGAUAUUGCCAAAGCGCUAUAGAACAAGGAUCUAUUGUACUUGAAGAUAUCACUGGCCAAACUAUUGAAAUGAAAACACUGGAUGGAGCAACCUCCACUAAUAACUCCAUCUGUGAAUGGGUUCUUGAGAUGAAUUCUGAUAAAACUGUAAAUUUAGAAAUCGAAAGAAGCUCCGAAAUCUAUGAAGAAAUUUUACUCGAGUAUGAGAAAUUGAGUGGAGAGAAAAUAGAAAUGACUAAUAAAGACCUAUACCAAUGAGGUGAUGGGGCUUAUGUUUCAGAACUAACAGAGAUCAAAUCCUUCAAGAUCAGAGUCCAGAUCUUAAAUGAUUCCUCAGCAUACACCAUUCUUCUUUCUCAGACUGGAAUAGAUUAUUCAUAUCCAGCUGUAUUCACUAGGAACAAGGCCCUUGUGGGGUACAUUUCGGUAAUGCUGAUGAUACUCUUCAUGCUUCUGGUGGUAUCUUUAAUAGUAUUUUCCUUCUUCAAAGACAAUUCAUGUUUCAAGAAUUCACAACAGAAAUACCACGAUAUGCUCAGAAAUACAGAUAAGAGGAAUAAGGUCCAAAUUGAUCGAGUCAUGGACUCCAUGGUUAGUGGAGAGUUUAGAGCUAUUAGAAUUAAAUUUGUAGACAAGCACUGUGCUAUCUGAUUUGAAGAAUUUAGAGGGAUGCAUCAAGUCCAUCUGGUCAAUGAAUGACUUCACUUGUUUCACACAGAGUGUUUAUACAACUGGUACCUGACUAUCGCUAGGACAAGGAAGCUUGCUUGACCCCAAUGCGAUACCCAAACCCUCCUCACCCAGUCUCCUCCCCCUCCUCACCUCUCCAUCACCAAAGACCUUUGCCUCAUAACCCCUCUUUCCGACCCCACUUCCCAGCUCCCUUCCCCUCAAGUCUCAACAUCCCGCAGAAAAUUCUCUUAA